ACGCCUCCGAACUCCAAAGCUAAGAGCAAUGGAGGAGCUGUGGGGGCGGUGGCUCGCGGCCUCCGCGGCCGCGGCAGCCGGCUUCGGGGACCAGAUCGCGGCGGCGUUGGCGGUGGCGCGGACGCGGGCGGUGGCGCCGGUGCUGCAGCUCGCGGUGUGGGCGUGCAUGGCGAUGUCGGUGAUGCUAGUGCUGGAGGUGGCCUACAUGAGCGUCGUCAGCCUCGUCGCCAUCAAGCUGCUGCGGCGAGUGCCGGAGCGGCGGUACAAGUGGGAGCCCAUUUCCGUGGGGAGCGUCGUCGUCGGAGGGGUCGACGACGAGGAGGCGGCGGCGGGGGGCGGGCGGGACGCGGCGUUCCCGAUGGUGCUCGUGCAGAUCCCCAUGUACAAUGAGAAGGAGGUGUACAAGCUCUCCAUUGGAGCUGCAUGUGCUCUCACGUGGCCUCCAGACCGUAUUAUAAUCCAAGUCUUGGAUGAUUCCACUGAUCCUUCAAUUAAGGAUCUAGUGGAGCUUGAGUGCAAGGAUUGGGCGACAAAAAACAUUAACAUAAAGUAUGAGAUCAGAGAUAAUAGGAAGGGGUACAAAGCAGGAGCCUUGAAGAAGGGCAUGGAACAUAUCUACGCCCAACAAUGUGAUUUUGUUGCCAUUUUUGAUGCAGAUUUCCAACCUGAAUCUGAUUUCCUUUUGAAAACAAUACCAUUUCUUGUGCAUAACCCAAAGAUUGGUCUGGUUCAGACACGCUGGGAGUUUGUGAACUAUGAUGUUUGCCUUAUGACAAGGAUACAGAAGAUGUCACUGGACUAUCAUUUCAAAGUAGAGCAGGAAUCAGGCUCAUCUAUGCACGCAUUCUUUGGUUUCAAUGGUACUGCUGGUGUGUGGCGAUUAUCAGCUAUUAACGAAGCAGGAGGUUGGAAGGAUCGCACAACUGUUGAAGAUAUGGACUUGGCUGUACGGGCAAGCCUCAAGGGAUGGCAAUUCCUCUAUGUUGGUGAUAUAAGGGUUAAGAGUGAACUUCCAAGCACCUUCAAAGCCUACCGACAUCAACAGCAUAGGUGGACUUGUGGUGCUGCCAACCUCUUCAGAAAAAUGGCAAAGGAAAUUUUCAAAACCAAGGGCGUAUCUGUAUGGAAAAAACUUCAUCUACUGUACAGCUUUUUCUUCGUGCGGAGAGUCAUCGCUCCCAUCCUGACCUUCCUGUUCUACUGCGUUGUGAUUCCACUGUCCGUCAUGGUCCCUGAAGUCAGCAUUCCUGUCUGGGGGAUGGUCUACAUUCCCACUGCCAUUACCAUCAUGACUGCCGUCAGAAACCCUCGGUCUCUACAUCUGAUGCCAUUGUGGAUUCUAUUCGAGAACGUCAUGGCCAUGCAUCGGAUGCGUGCGGCUCUAACAGGCUUGCUCGAGACCAUGCAUGCCAAUGAGUGGGUUGUUACUGAGAAGGUAGGUGAUCAUGUGAAGGAGAAGCUUCAAGUCCCCCUCCUUGAGCCACUGAAGCCAACAGACUGCGUCGAGAGGAUUUACAUUCCUGAGCUCAUGGUCGCGUUCUACCUGCUGGUAUGCGCCACUUACGACUUCGUGCUCGGGGCCAAGCACUACUACCUGUACAUCUACCUCCAGGCCUUUGCUUUCACUGCGCUGGGAUUCGGUUUCGCUGGGACAUCUACUCCCUGUUCAUAG